CUCAGACCGAAGACGGGCACAAUUGUGUAAUGUUUAUGAGUGGUGUUUACGUAAAAUCUCACGUGUGCAGCGUGGACAGUUGAUAACUGGACGAACUCGGAAAAUUCUCUCCUAAAUUCAUUUCCAAGUCUGAUAUUCAUCAUGCCCGAAGGACCAGAGCUUCACCUUGCAAGUCGGUUUGUGAACAGAGUUUGCAGUGGCCGCGUUUUUACGGGUAAAGUUGUCAAAUCGCCAGUCCACAAAAGUGACGAAGUUCCAUUCCACGCGCAAUCAUACAUCAUCACGGCCGCUUCUCGCGGGAAAGAAAUGCAACUUAUUCUGUCAGAGAUUGAAAACCCUCCGAAGUCAAAAGGCAGAGGCAAAAAGCCCAAAAACCUUGCCAACCUGAAAACAAUGAAGAUUUUGUUCCGGUUUGGAAUGUCAGGAAAGUUUCAGUUCACGACAGUUUCCGAGGUGCAUAAACAUUCUCAUCUUCAGUUUUUUACGAACGAUGAUCCAGCUAUGGUUUUGAGUCAUGUGGACGUCCGCAGAUUUGGAAGAUGGGAAGUUGACGCUGGUUGGUCUAAAGUCAGAGGACCCGAUCCCAUGUUUGAAUAUCAACUGUUCCGGUCAAAUGUAGUGAAGAACAUCAAGUCCAGUGCCUUUGAUCGACCUAUUUGUGAGGUUCUUCUGAAUCAGAAAUACUUCAAUGGAAUCGGAAACUACCUCCGAGCCGAAAUACUCUACAGGCUUUCAAUAGCACCAUUUGAGAAAGCUCGGAAUGUGUUGGAAGGGCUGAAUGAGGACCCACCAGAGGUCAAGCCAAAGGUGAAAGGUCAAGAGGUCAAGGUCAAAGUUGAAGAUCCUAAAGUCGACAUACUUCAUCUGUGUCACACGGUUCCACUGGAAGUGGUAAACUUAGGAGGAGGGGGCUACGAUCCAGAAGGGAAAUCCGCAGAUUAUUCCAAGUUUAACGCCUGGUUGCAAUGCUACUAUCAACCUGAUAUGAAUAACCUCGUCGAUCACAAUAAGAGAACGAUCUGGUUCAAAGGACCUGUUGGGCCUAUGGCUCCAAAAGAAAGCAAAUCAAGAAGUCCAGUUAAGAAGCGAAAGAAGAAAGAAACUGCUUCAGCCAACGAUGAGGAAUCCCCCAAGAAGAAAGCUAAGGCAGAAGAGAAAGCUAAAGUAAACACUGAAAAUAAAAAGAAAUCACCACGCAAGAGGCCAGCCAAAACUCAGGUAUCAACACCUUCAAGAAAGUCAUCCAAGAAAACAAGUGUCAAUGCCAAGAAAGUUGAGAAUACGCCAAGACAGGCCAAGACACAGAUACCAGAUGCUCAUGAGGUCAAAGGUUAUGCCACAAGGUCAAAGGUCACUGUCAAUGGCAUGAUGAAGAGUAAAACACCAAAGAAGAAGACAGCAAAACAUCGAUAGGAAUCUAUCGUAGCUGCUUAGAGACAAGUAUCACGCAUAGUGCUUAAAGAAUUCAACUUUUUUGUCAUGGAGGCCUAGUCAAAAAUUAAACCAGUUUCUCAUUCCC